AUAAAGAGUAAACAUUCUCCAAAACAACGUUGAACUAUAACUGUAUAUUUUUUUGGGAGAUAAAUUUUCUCAGAUACGGAUAACGUCAAGACUGCGUCAAGAUAACUCAGACAUUGACUGUUCAGAUAGUUCGUAAGAUACCUAUCCCGCGCUCAGUUUACUUAUCUCAUUCGAGAAAUCGACAGAUUUUUUAAAAAGUGGUCAAGAUGAAAAUUCCGUCAGUUAAAUUACCUAAUAUUUUGAAAUCAGUGAGGUAUAAUCUUGCUGCAGUUAAUGGACUUUUUGUGUUAACCGGUGCACUGCUUCUGAUCGUUGGCGUAGUGGUCCUUGUGGAGAACAUACAAUACGAGGAUUUCCUCACAAACCGAUUCUACACUGUACCAGCUUUCGCAACAGCUAUUGGCGUUUUGAUAUUGCUGAUAUCUGUCCUCGGAUUUUAUGCUGCGCUCUCGGAAAAGUUCUUCAUUGUCGCUGUGUACCUGGCCGGAUUGAUAUUCAUCUUAAUAGACGAGAGCGCGCUCACGAUAGCCGCGUAUUCGCUGGUGAAUGAUGUCAACAGCGAGAUUAGAGCACCCAUGGCCAGCAGUUUACUGUUGUAUGACUCCAGGCUGGACAUCGCCAAGCUAUGGGACGAAUUACACACGGAAUUCGAAUGCUGCGGCGUGGUCGGCGUGAACGACUGGCAAUCCACCCGCAUACCCAUCAGCUGCUGCCACAUCGACUACGGGACCAUCUCUCCAUUCAACUGUACGGUGGCGCUCGCGUACAACACUGGUUGCAUUGUAUCAUUGGGCGAAUGGCUUAGCUACAAUGUGUUUGUAUUGGCGGUUUCUGCGCUCGUGGUCACUUGUAUACAGAUAGUGCUGGCUGCAAUCGCUUCGUGGCUCACGUGGCGGUCGAGGUUCGAAUCAGUCGAACUGGAGUCCUAGUUCCUUCUACAAAUAAGAUUGUAAAUAAACAAUUAUUUAUACAUUUAUAAAUGUAACUCCCCAUGAAAUAUUU